AGUUGGUGCUCUUAGUGAAGAUGACAUUCUUCGUCCCUGUUACCUUCCUGUUGCUGAACUAUUUGUUGAGCUGCUUCGCUGCUCAUACUUCUACCUUGAAUGCUACAGGCAUUACCAAUGUGAACAUUCGCCUAAGAGAAUACACGGAUGCAUUAUUGAAAGUCAAAGCAAAACAACUUGAUGUUUACAUAAUGCGCGCUCGUAAAACGGCAUCGAAUGUAAUCAAACAGCUGAAAUCAGAAAGCUACAGACUGGAUCGUUUAUACGGACUGAAAUGGAUUAAUGAACUAAUAUAUGCUUACCUGUCUAGAUCAUCGACAAAGUGUUUGAAGAAAGAGGACAAUACAUCAGAGAAAAUGAAUUUAGUCGCUGGGGCGAAGCGAAUUCGUGACCUGGAAGAGUUUGUCUUUGUGAAGCUUUAUGAAACAGGUGAAGCAUACAUCAAUGAAGGAAAAUCAAACAUUAAAUACGAGCUGAAUGAAGCCAUUUUGAAGUUUUAUAUGAAUGAACUUGUCAACAAAAUAGAAGAGGUGGAGCGUGAACGACUUAAUUAUUUGCAAAUGCUUUGUCCAGGGGAAAGAGCGAAAGUCUUAAUAGACUCAGUGAAUGCGGAGUUUCACACAACAGCAAAGUACGUUCCGUCUGUUUAA